AUCUUUGCAAGGUCAAACAUUCUCAAAGCUAUGAAGAACCUUUCAGUAGUGACUCAGUUUAUCCUGCUUGGCAUCCCGCACACAGAGGGUCUGGAGACCACGCUCUUUGUCCUGUUUUUGUCUUUCUACAUCUUCACUUUAGUGGGGAACCUGCUCAUACUCCUCGCAAUUAUUUCCUCCACUCGGCUUCACACCCCCAUGUACUUCUUCCUGUGCCAGCUGUCUGUUUGUGACAUAUUUUUCCCUUCCGUGAGUUCUCCCAAGAUGCUGUUCUAUCUCUCAGGAAACAGCAGAGACAUCUCCUAUGCAGGCUGUGUGUCCCAGCUCUUCUUCUACCAUUUCCUGGGUGGUACAGAAUGUUUCCUAUACACAGUGAUGGCCUAUGACCGCUUUGUUGCCAUAUGCUACCCUCUACGCUACUCAAUCAUCAUGAGCCAUAGAGUAUGUGCCUCUCUGGCUAUGGGGACAUCAGUUUUUGGCUGCAUUCAUUCAACAUUUCUAACUUCUCUUACCUUUCAGUUGCCCUAUUGUGGUCCCAAAGAGGUGAACUAUUAUUUCUGUGAUAUCCCUGUGGUGAUGAAAUUGGCUUGUGCAGACACAUCAACCCUGGAGAUGGUGGGAUUCAUCAGUGUGGGCCUCAUGCCCCUCAGUUGCUUCUUCUUCAUUCUCACCUCCUACAGCUGUAUAGUUCGCUCCAUCCUCCAGAUCCAUUCCACUGAGGGCCGACACAGAGCCUUCUCCACCUGCAGCGCCCACCUAACUGCCAUCUUGCUCUUUUACAUGCCAGUGAUUUUCAUCUAUCUGAGGCCAACACCAAGCCCUUGGCUGGAUGCAACUGUUCAGGUCCUGAACAACCUGGUCACCCCUAUGCUAAACCCAUUAAUCUAUAGCCUCAGGAAUAAGGAGGUAAAAUCAUCACUGUGGACUGUCCUACGUCCACUGUGCUUCCUACCUGGACAGUUGUAA